GGUUGCUAUGAGACCCGCUCAAGCAGAGGACCAGCAGCCAGCCUGGGAGCUGAUGCUUCUUCCCGCGUGCCAAACCUUUCUUUUGCCACAGUUUUAGAGUUGUUUAAUAUCAGAGGAGGCACCUGACACGAAUGACUUUUGCCUUCUCUCAGUCCCUCGGGUAAGAUGGAGGGAGAAAGUGAAGCCAGCAUCUCCGCGGGCAGUGCAUCAGGCGGGUCCAGAGAGUACAAGGUGGUGAUGCUGGGAGCAGGGGGAGUUGGUAAAAGCGCAAUGACAAUGCAGUUUAUUAGUCAUCAGUUCCCCGACUAUCAUGACCCUACUAUAGAAGAUGCUUAUAAAACUCAAGUUAGGAUUGACAAUGAGCCAGCUUAUUUGGACAUCUUGGACACUGCUGGUCAGGCGGAAUUCACAGCCAUGCGGGAGCAGUACAUGCGAGGUGGGGAGGGCUUCAUCAUCUGCUACUCCAUCACAGACCGCCCAUCGUUCCAGGAGGCUGCCACAUUUAAAGAGCUCAUUUUUCAAGUCCGGCACACCUACGAAAUUCCGCUGGUGCUAGUGGGCAACAAAACAGACCUGGAACACUUCCGCCAGGUCUCUACAGAAGAAGGCUUGAGUCUGGCCCAAGAAUAUAAUUGUCCUUUCUUUGAGACGUCUGCAGCCCUCAGAUUCUGCAUUGAUGAUGCUUUUCAUGGUUUAGUGAGGGAGAUUCGCAAGAAAGAAUCCACACCUUCCCUGAUGGAGAAGAAAUUGAAGAGAAAAGAUAGCCUGUGGAAGAAGUUAAAAGGCUCAUUGAAGAAGAAGAGAGAACACACGACAUGAUGUCCCUGGGAUUCCUUCAGUCUCUUUCUGUCCUGCCAUGCCAUGUGAUGGGCAAUUCCAGAUGUAGAAUUCUGCUUCUCUCUUUCUUUCUCUAUCUGCCUGUAGGUUAAAAAAAAAUCUGUGUAACAUUACCUCUUGAGAUAGUUUUGUUUUGCCUUUAACAGUUGGAUGGAUUUUGUCAAUCAGCCGGAUAUGCUUUUUAGUUUUUACAAUAUAUUACUAAAUAAAAUUGACAUUCUAAUUGCCUCA